AGAGAGGGUCAGGUCACUCACUCGCUCCUGACCUGAGUCGUGAGUAACGCGAGAACCCGCGAAACUCAUUGCGCGGGCCAGAGCCAUAGCAACCGCGCGAUGCCGCGAACCGGCAGGCAACCUUACAGACAGACAGACAGUGUGUGCUCUGAUCCCGCGACGUGAGUAUCGCGCUGUCUGCGAUGACCGCGACUCAACGAACGCGUAAAACGAUUUGUCGGGUGUAAACAGCAGAGCGCUUAAUCGUAGUCUAGAAUCGGUUUAUUUUUAAAUUAAAAGAAGAAAAAAAACAGACUACAGAACAUUGAAAAAGUAGUGCGGUAACACUAUCGGCCUGCUAGCAGUAGGUAAAUUAUAAUCCUAGCAGCGGGGUGGUCGAGUUUCGACGAGGCGACGACGCGUAGAUUGCGUAUGGAAUAUGAUGGCGCCAGUGCCAGUGUCAAUGGAACGGCCCCGGCGAUGGAACGUUCUUGGCCUACUGCUGAUCGUGGCGUUGCCGUCCCGCGGGGCAAUGUCCGUCGAUCAGGACGCAACCUGCAGCCAUCUGGAUCGGCACCAGUAUCUGGCGGCGGAAAUCCCUGUAUCGUCGGCUGAGAAGCUGUCCCAGCUGCCGGUGCCAAUGGUGGAGGAAGAGUUUCGGGGCCACAUUACGGUGCUGUACAACGUUGCCCCACCAAAACCCUUUCUAACCCGGCGCAUCUACAAAGAACGUGAUCCGAUCUUCUAUCACAAGAUACAGUUCGAUGAGCAGAUCAAACUCUUCAACAAUCUGUUUCACCGCUUCGAGAGUAACGGUUAUGGGCAGCUGGUGCAGUUUAUACUGGGUGCAUCACCGAGUCGGCAUCCGGACGAAACCGAGAUGGAUUUUGUCGAGUUCGAUGAUUUCCUGGACAACGUGACGAGUCUGGCGGCCAGCUACAACAUGUCCCUGUACCCGAAUGCCGUAACCGGUAACGGCACUUUUGCCAUGUUCGGUUUGAAGGAGUUUCAGGUGUACCAUGCUAAAUUAUCUACUAACUUCCGUUUUUCUGUUGCUUUUUCCUUCUUUCCCACCUCUAGAGGCACCGACAUGGUCGACAUCAUAUCGAACCGGGUCCAGGAGGCCUACGGAUCGUUCCGGCUUCCAACCAUGUUCGGGCAAACGACGACGACCAGCGGCGAUCAGAUCGAGGGUGGCGGCUUCUCCACCUACGCCAUGCUGAAGCGGUUCGGCGAACAGAAACGCCGGAAGCGGCAAACCGACAAGGAUAACGAUCGGAAGAUGCGAGAGGAGAGUCUGUUCCAGAUGAAGAACUCGCCGACCCCGCACAUUCCACCGGAUGUGCCGCCGAUGGGGGGUCUGAUGUGCCGAUUUUGUUCCCCGAUGGAAAGUCAACCGCAGCUAACGGACGCGGAUCGACGCCGCACGGCCAUGGACAUCCUGCGAAUGACGACCCACGCUGGGAUCCGUACCAAUACAGUGAGCUCCGGCUGGGAUUGGAGCGUGUGGUGUCCGCAUCUGGCACAGGCAGCCCGGGUCGCACGUUUCGAGUAUCCUCAGCUGGCCGGAACCGUGCUCGGUGACGAACGGGUACAGCAAUCGCUCGAGACGGCCGCCAAGGAAUCGGUGAACGAGAAGCGGGCCGAGCUGGGACUGCGGGCCGAAUCGCCUGACGAAUCCUUCGACGAGGAUGCCUACUACAACGAGGCCAUGCAGAAGCAUGAAAAGCGAGCUGAAAAGAUCCUUAUUGGAAUGCGUUCCAAGUUGUCGAACUUGGUGCUCCGCAUUACGUCCUGGGUGCUCUAUAAACUGCUGCCCUGCUUCAUCUCGGGAGUGGCGGCUCAUCCGGGCCAGGUGGACAUGAUCAAGCGAGCGAUCGACAACAAUCCCGAUGUGCCGCUGAUCUUCCUACCACUGCACCGAUCCCAUCUGGACUACAUCAUGGUGAGCUUCAUUCUGCUGAACAACGACAUCAAAUGUCCGCUGGUGGCCGGUGGCGAUAACCUACGCAUUCCGGUAUUCGGAAACAUCCUCCGCUACGAUGGAGCUUUCUUCAUCAAGCGUAAGAUCGAUCCGGUGACGGGCAAGAAGGAUCACGUUUAUCGGGCGAUUUUGCACACGUACUUACAGAAGUGUCUCACUGCCGGACACAAUGUGGAGUUUUUCAUCGAAGGUGGUCGCACCCGGACCGGGAAGCCCUGUAUGCCCAAGAGCGGUAUUCUGUCGGUCAUCGUGGACGCCUUCAACGAUAAAAGCAUUUCCGAUGCGCUGAUUGUGCCGGUUUCGAUCAACUACGAAAAACUGGUGGACGGCAACUUCAUCCGGGAACAGCUGGGACAGAAAAAAAUUCCGGAAAGUUUCCGUUCCGCUGCCGCCGGUAUCAUGAAAGUCCUGAAGGCGCGGUACGGUUUGAUGCGGAUUGAUUUCAAUGAACCAUUCUCGCUAAGCGAGCUGAUAAAAUCGCUCCGGAAAUCAGAUACACACCUUCCGAUCGAACCAGAAAUGAGGCGUCUCCAGCACAAACCUUCGUCGUCUUCGUUGUUCGGAACCGAUGUAGUACAGGAAGAACAGGAACAACGUCACCUAAUCGACAACAUCGCUCGCCACGUGGUUUACGAUUGUGCCAAGGCAACGGCCGUCAUGACUACAAAUGCGCUCGCUUUUCUGCUGCUGAAUCGGUUCCGCGAUGGAGCACCGCUUUCCAUACUGGUCGAUGCCCUCGACGAACUACGAUCCGUCCUCAAUACUACCUCACGUGAUCUGGGCUUCACCGGUAGCUCGGAAGACGUUAUCCGCUACGCGGCCGAUCUGCUCGGGCCCGGACUGGUCACCGUCGAACGUCGCACCCAUCAGCUGUUUAUCCGACCGGUUACACUCGUUCCAAACGUGAUAGAGCUGGCGUACUACUCGAAUAGUUUAGUUCCUCACUUUGCGCUGGAUUCCAUAAUCGUAACCUGUGCCAGCUACCUGAAGCGGCAGGAAGAAGAUCGGCUCCGGGAGCUUGGUCGAUCGACGGACGACGUUAGCAUAAGCCGGGGGAUGCUGUUCCAAACCUGCCUCGAGUACUGCGAUCUGCUCAUGUACGAAUUUAUACUGUCGAAACCGUGCCAGAGCCUGCAAACGCUGCUAGAGGAUAGCUUCGAUCGGCUAUGUCACCGAGAAUUGCUUUUGCAGCCUGAAGUGGAAUACACCGACGAGCAGAACGUAGCCCGUCGCUUGGCGGCCCGGCUGGAGCUGGAGGAUCUGGAUGAUGGCAUGAGCAGUAGCGAAGACGACUACUUCAACGAAACUGGUGGCGAUCAUCAUCUGCUGGACGAUCCGAUCAGGGUGUAUCUGCCAGCGGAGAAACACUGCGACCGCAAGGUGAUGCAAUCAGUGCUGGCUCCCUUUAGCAGUACCUACGCGGCAGUCGCCUUCUGUCUGUCGCGGCUCGUUGGCGAAUGUUCUUUGGUCGAGGGCGAAUUCAUUCGUUUAUGUAUCCAGGAGAUCACCAGUCGAGUCGAGCUGGGCGAAUGUAUAUAUGGCGAAAGCAUAUCGACUGAUACGGUGCGCAACUGUCUGAAGGUGCUCGAAAAGCGGUCCAACAUCGAAAUCGGCAACAGCAACGGUGUCCGCAUGGUGUCCCUCACGCCGGCUACCGAUUCGGACCUGGAGGUGCAGGCCAUCAUCCAAUCGAUCGAGCGGUUCGUUCCGGUGUAGUAGGGCAAAGGGCUCAUACAAUGUGGCAAGGCAUAGCACAAUUCCGAUACGAGAGACCGAGAGACUGCUUUUUUAUCGGGGGAGGGCGCGAACUAUCAAUCUACCAACCAAAAAAAAAGGAAAAUCUACAUAAACAAUUAUCAAUCUAUAACCAGUGAAAGAUCACUGGUUGAAAUUCGGAUGCAAUAAUGUAAGUUGAAAAAAAAAAAAUUAAAAUAUGUAUCACGUUCAGAACAGAAAUUCAACAGCAGCAACUUUAGUUGUGUCGAUUCCAGAAGGUUGUUAAACACUAAAUGCAUUUGAUUUUCCGUGACGUGAACGGACUUAUCCGAGGUGGACAUUUUUUUGUCGUCAGUUACGUUCGUUCCCUUGAAUCGGACAAAUAUGGUGUGCGAAGACAGAUGAGAAUAUAAAGCAAUCAACUUUUUCCAGUGAAAACGAAAAACUAAAUGGAACUAAAAGUUCCUGGCUAAGACUAGUUAUAACGUAAGCUAAACUGAUUAUGGUUUUUGUUGAAAAAAAAAAUGUUUUUGUUGACUAACGGAUACAUAUUUACAGACACGCUGAAAGUUCUCACUUUUAAAGAGGACGUUCCAUUAUAAGACAGAGAAAAAUAAUUACUUAGUGUUCUAGUUUACUUAGUGAUUUAGAAAGAGAGCCAAGUUGUAAU